CCUGCUACGCCUUUUUUUUCGUUUCUUUUGUUUUUUGCGCUUGUGCGUAUUGCUCUUCCUUCCACUGCGACCCAAGACCCUCCAACAAGGCAGGUCUCGAGGUCACAAGGCGACAAGCACCCAGCGUCCCCGAUCUCUGGUCUGUUUGGCUCGAUUCAAGAGGGGGAGAACACCACGACACACACCCAUUGAGGAGGGGGCCCCUUUGGACACGAGCAAGAGCGGGAUCUACAAAAAUGAAUCCAUCAACAACAACAACAACAACAACAACGGACGGGCUUUAUUCGACGAAUGGAGAGGACGUCGGCUUCUCCGCCGCCAGUCAACCGCAGGAUGCAUCCGCGUCUGCGCAGACCUCCCAUCAGCAUCCGCAGCAGCAGCACCAGCAGCAGCAGCAGCAGGGUGGCGGUGCCGAGCAUGGCACCCAAUCGAACGGCGAGGCGAUCAGUCAACAACAUCCCACGCAACUAACGACCCCGCUGUUCGCACAUCCGUUCGCAGGUCAUCCUACGUCGUCAUCGUCGUCGUCGUCCAUGCAAAACCAGCAGCAACAGCAGCACCAACAGCAGCACCAACAUCAGCAGCAGCAACAGCAGCGAUUACAGCCCUAUCCGCCAAAUACGUCCCACGACUUGCAGCAGCCGCCCCCACCGCAAUUAUUGCUCACACAACAGCCAGUGCAACCGCAGACCCUCCAGCCGCAGCCCGGAUAUGUGCAGUUACCUCCACAGGCACAGUACCAGGCAUUUUCGCAGGUGGUAGGCAGUGGGGGCAGCGGUUCGUCCUCGCCUGGAGUCAUGAGCAAUUCGAGCACUUUUCACCAUCCCAAUCAUCCGCAUCUGCUUCUUCAGCAGCAGCAACAACAGCAGAAUCCUCAUCAACCGUUUCAGACAUCGCAAAUCCCCCUCCCAAUGCAGCAACAGCAGCAGCAACCUCCUCAACAUACAAUGCAACCGCCGCCACAACAGGUGUUUCAGCAGAUCCAACAACCGCCAUCUGCUCGAGAGCAACAAGGAAUGGCCCAGUUUCCUCGUCCGGGCUUUCAUCCCGUUGCACAAGCUGCACCUGGCACAGUUGCUACUACUCAGGCCGCAAAUGGCUCGUACGUGAUUUACAAUGUCGGGCCCACACUGGCGCCAACUCCCUUUUCCGGCCCAAUGCCGACCAACGAGCAGCAGCAGCUGCAGCUGCAGCAGCCGCAGUACACCUACAUGGCAGUGACACAGGGCGGACCAAGCUAUGUGUCUACGUUCGUGCCGAAUCCUGGAUCGGCAUCGCAGUUCGUUGCCGUCCACCAGGGUCACCGAGCGCAGCAAUUGCCUCCCUACAUGACCAUCACAAUGCAACAACAACAGCAACAACAACAGCAACAACAGCAACAACAACCUCAACAACAACCUCAACAACUAGCACAGCAACCACCGAUGCAACAGCCACAGCAACUACAACAACAACAACAACCACAACACCUGCAACCACAACAACAACAACAACUACUUCUACUACACCAGCAACAGCAGCAGCAACCGGUUUCAGUCAUGCAGCAUCUACAUCCCCAGCAAUUCGCCAUGGCACCGCAGCAGCAGAACCACCAGCAGCAGCAGCAGCAGCAACCGAUAAUAUUGUUGCAACCGUCGCAGCCUUCAACUCCACCUGUUGGCGCAGCAGUCUCCAUGGUCCGGCCUGCAGUAGAUGGCCGCCAGUUCGUGCAAGCGGUCGACCAACACCCGAACGCGGCCUACCAGCAGCUGCCCGCGCAGCUUGGAGCCUGGGUUGUUCCCCAGCAGCCAAUGCAACCCUACCCGCAGCCGCACCAACAGCAGGUCAUUCAAAUGGUUCACCAACAGCCCCAACACCUGUAUCAACACCAGCAACAACAACAGUCAAACCAGAUACAGCAGCUUCCGCCACAGCAACUGCAGCCACAGCCUCUUCAACCUCACCAACAACAACAACAACUACAACAACAACACCAGCAGCAUACAUCUGGAUUUGUGCAGUACUCCCAGCAGCCACCUCAACCUCAUGGAAUGCACCCACAAGCUUUCUUCACCCCUGGGCCUUACCAGACUCAGCCUGUUCAACAACCUGAGCAACCUCCGAUGCAACCGCAGCCGCUUGUGCAAACCUUUAUCCACCAAGACGUACAAACAGUCUCUCCGGCGCUUUCAAUCACGCGCAUGUUUGCCGAAAACAAUUUGCGAUCGCGCAUGCCGUCCGCCUCCACGGAUGGCGUUCCUUCCGGUCGACGGCCGCGCCACCACAGCGAAGUCAACGACGCCGAGGAUGCUGAAGUGAAGGCACCGCGCCAACGCGUCAGGCUGGAGAGCACCAGCAGCAGCAGCGGGAAUGCUCAUGCGGCUGCCGCUGGUGGCAGUGGCAACCUCCAAUUUGCCGAGCUGCCUCUGGUUUCCGCCCCGGCACAGCCGGCGCGACGCGGCAAUCUGCCACGCGACAGCGAUGCCGGACGAGCCGGGUCGGGUCACGGCUUUUGCUUUGUGUGCGAAAUGUACUGUGCCGAGCAAAAGCGCAAGUUUGCCAUCACGCGAUACUCUGCCCUGCGCGAGCUUGCCGAGGAGUUUGUGCUCCUGACGAUGCGCUCGGCCAACGUUACAGACGAAAAAGCUCUGCACCCCGAUCGGACGCACGUCAUUCAGCUUUGUGUGGCGUGCAACUUUCGCUUUUACAAAUGGCGCAAGGCGCGCCAGCAAGGCGGCUCCACUGCUGGUAAAAAGUUUCUCGCCGUCCGACGUUCGCACGCCAGCAACAGCGUGGGCAACGGCAAUUCCGACGCACCUUCGAUUACCGAUCGCAGCGAUGGCAGCGACACGGACUUUGACGCCGGCGACGAUGAGUAUGCCUCUGCCGACAACUCGGCCAUGGACGACGUUGCGUCUGUCGUGUCCAACACGAGCAGCACUGUCGACUCGUCCCUGCACGCGCUCGCUCAGUCGGAUGCAGCCUCUCGGCGGGACUCGGACGAAGCGCUGCUGCGAUCGAACAAUGGCAGCGGUCCGAUUCCGUACCAGGCGAGUGAGGCGGCAGUCGCGCCCGAGCAGCUGGCCGACAAGCUCAACCAGGAGUGCCAAGCAGCCUCCGCGACCGAAGCCGAGAAUCCGAGCUAUCCGUCCAGGCUGUCAGAGGCACCCAUGGCCUUUAGUGCACUUACCGCUGCUGCCGUGUUGGUUGACACGGCCUCUGCUCAGUGAUUGUGAGACCGUGAGUCCAUGACAACCCCCGCCCCCUCUCACAAAUUCAUCAUACCAUUACGCUUUCAUUUAAAAUUAUAAACAUUUCCAC